GGUCGUGAGAGCGCUAUAUUUGGCCUUGAAUUGAUAACUAAAAAAACCCUAUCUCCGCAAGAAGUCGACAUACUCAAGCUGUUUGCUUGCGAAAACGCCGAUGAAGCUGCCUUCCAGAUUGAUUCUUUCUGUCCUCCUCUUUGCGGAGCAAAAGGAAGCCUCCAGCUAUCUAUGGACGGUAUGGGAGGUAAUGGUUGACGUCGUGAGAAGCCCGCACGCAACAAGUGAGAUACACAAACAUCUUGUCAGCAUUCUCCAAGGUCUGGUGCUCAUUGCGAAAGGAGAAUUGGUGGUAUGGAAUGUGAGUAUUGACUCCAGGCAUUUGCCCCUAGCACGACUACUCAUUUCCUUGGAAUAACUGCGCGAUGCCGACACUGCACAAGAUUUGCUAAUGGUCUUGACGUCUAGGCGAAACGGCAGGUAUGGGGGAACCUGCCUCUGUUUCCUCAGUGCAUGGACGCUUAUCUCGAUAGUAGGCCCC